AUGCUGGCACGUACUGUCCUGCGCAGCGUGCCCUUCCGGGGUCUCGCCCGUCAGUCUUUGAACAAGACCUCUUCGCGUGCGUCUUCCACGGCUGCCGGUGCCGAAUCCGCGAACUCCCCCUUCCACCUCACACUCACUGCGUCGGUCGCUACCGCCAUCGCCCUCGGGUCCGCUACGUAUCUCUAUGGACAGGAAGCUUUUGCGUCGACACCUGCUGAGGAGGGGUUGCACGCUACUGAGUACCCUUGGGUACACGGCAAGUGGAAUAAGACCUUUGAUCACCAGGCUCUCCGCCGUGGUUUCCAGGUCUACCGUGAAGUUUGCGCCAGCUGCCACUCCCUCACCCGUGUUCCUUGGCGUUCAUUCGUCGGUGUAACGCACACCGUCGAUGAAAUGAAGGCCUUUGCCGAAGAGAACGAGUACGAUACCGAGCCCAAUGACCAGGGCGAGAUCGAGAAGCGCCCCGGAAAGCUCUCUGACUACAUCCCCGCUCCUUACCCCAACGAGGAAGCUGCCCGCUUCGCCAACGGUGGUGCUCUGCCCCCAGAUCUCAGUUUGAUCGUCAAGGGUCGCCACGGUGGCUGCAACUACAUCUUCAGUCUGUUGACUGGUUACCCCGACGAGCCACCAGCUGGUGCUAGCGUGCAGGAGGGCAUGAACUUCAACCCCUUCUUCCCCGGAACUGCCAUUGCCAUGGCCCGUGUCCUUUUCGAUGGUGUUGUCGAGUACGAGGAUGGAACCCCGGCCACCACUUCCCAGAUGGCCAAGGACGUUGUCGAAUUCCUUAACUGGUCUGCCGAGCCUGAGAUGGACGACCGCAAGAAGAUGGGAUUCAAGGCCAUCACUCUCCUCACUGGCCUCUUCGCCCUCAGCGUCUGGGUUAAGCGCUACAAGUGGUCUCCCAUCAAGACACGGAAGCUCGUGUACAGCCCUCCCGUCCCCCGGCGCUAG